CCCCUCACUUCAGUUUAUGGUAAGUCCGCGUCCACUCCUGCUCAACCGAAGGCGUCUAUCGGCUCUGUUCCGCCGUGUGAACUGGGGGAUGAGGGGGGAUCCAUGAAGCGCCGCGCUGCCGAGCACGGUUCUGUCACUGCUGGGAAAUGAAAGUUGUUCAUCCCUCGUCUACGUCUCUCAUUAGCAGUAAACACGCAGCAGUCCGGUCCGCAUGAGAGACGCUCCUCCGCUGAAUUUCAGCCGUUUUUUUUGAAUUUCUUCUCGGUUGAGAAGCAGCAGCAGCAGCAGCAGCAGCAGCGGGGACCAAAACCAACAAGCCGCGGCCGCUUGACAGGUGCCGUCGCCCGGCUCUGCGUGGAGAGAUGCCGCCCGUCCAGAGAACAAUGUCUGAUCUUCGUAGCCGGUCGGAGGGAUAUGAAAAGACAGAGGACACAUCAGAAAAGACAUCCUUGGCUGACCAAGAAGAUGCUCGACUGAUACACCUCAACCAGCCACAGUUCACAAAGUUUUGCAGCAAUCGAGUCAGCACAGCCAAAUACAAUGUCAUCACCUUCCUUCCUCGAUUCCUCUACUCACAGUUCAGGAGGGCAGCCAACGCAUUCUUUCUCUUCAUUGCACUCUUGCAGCAAAUUCCUGAUGUGUCUCCCACUGGUCGCUGGACCACACUGGUGCCGCUGCUCUUCAUCCUGGUGGUGGCUGCUGUGAAGGAGAUCAUUGAGGAUCUGAAACGUCACAAUGCUGACAAUGUUGUCAACAAAAAGGAAUGUCAAGUUCUGAGGAAUGGUGCCUGGGAGAUUGUGCACUGGGAGAAGGUGGCUGUUGGGGAAGUAGUCAGAGCUGCAAAUGGGGAUCACCUCCCGGCUGACCUCGUCAUACUGUCGUCCAGUGAACCGCAGGGUAUGUGCUACAUUGAAACAUCAAACUUGGAUGGAGAAACAAACCUUAAAAUCAGACAGGGUCUCCAAAUGACUUCGGACAUAAAGGAAAUCGACAGCCUGAUGCGUCUGUCUGGGCGGAUGGAAUGUGAGAGCCCAAACCGCCAUCUGUACGAGUUUGUUGGGAACAUCCGCCUGGAUGGACACAGCACGGUGCCACUGGGUCCAGACCAGAUCUUACUGAGAGGAGCCCAGCUGAGGAACACACAGUGGGUCCAUGGUGUGGUGGUCUACACAGGACAUGACACAAAGCUCAUGCAGAAUUCCACACGGCCUCCUCUGAAGCUGUCCAACGUGGAGCGUAUCACCAACUUUCAGAUCCUUGUGCUGUUUGGCUGCCUGCUGGCCAUCUCUCUGGUCUGCUCCAUUGGCCAAACCAUCUGGAAGUACCAGUACGGCAAUGAUGCCUGGUACAUGGAUCUCAACUCUCCAGAUGGCGGUGCGGCAAACUUUGGCCUUAACUUCCUCACCUUCAUCAUCCUGUUCAACAACCUGAUACCCAUCAGUCUCCUGGUCACACUGGAGGUUAUCAAGUUCAUCCAGGCCUUUUUCAUCAACUGGGACACUGAUAUGCUGUAUGAGCCUACAAACACACCUGCCAUGGCCCGCACCUCCAAUCUGAAUGAAGAGUUAGGCCAGGUCAAAUACAUUUUCUCUGACAAGACUGGGACUCUGACCUGUAACGUAAUGCAGUUCAAGAAGUGCACCAUCGCCGGUGUGGCCUAUGGUCACGUCCCUGAGGCUGAGGAGGGUAGUUUUGCAGAGGACGACUGGCACAGCACACACUCAUCAGACGAAGCAGGAUUUAAUGACCCGAGCUUACUGGAAAACCUCCAAAGCAAUCACCCUACAGCUGCUGUUAUCCUGGAGUUCAUGACCAUGAUGGCCAUCUGUCACACUGCAGUCCCUGAGCGCAUGGAUGGAAAAAUCACCUACCAGGCUGCAUCUCCAGAUGAAGGAGCUCUGGUGAGAGCAGCACGAAACCUUGGCUUUGUGUUUUCUGGUCGAACUCCAGAUACCGUCAUCGUGGAAAUACUCGGAACAGAGGAAAAGUAUGAACUGCUUCAUGUGCUGGAGUUUACAAGUGUGAGGAAGAGGAUGUCAGUCAUCAUGCGCACCCCAUCUGGGAAGAUCCGCCUCUAUUGCAAAGGAGCUGACACAGUGAUCUAUGACCGUCUGGCAGACAGCUCGAGGUACAAAGAGAUCACGUUGAAGCACCUGGAGCAGUUUGCCACUGAGGGGCUGCGCACUCUGUGCUUUGCGGUGGCAGACAUCAGUGAGUCGUCCUAUCAGCAGUGGCAGGAGAUCCACCACAGAGCCUGCACAUCCCUGCAGAACAGAGCCCUGAAACUGGAGGAGAGCUACGAACUGAUAGAGAAGAACCUGCAGCUCCUGGGGGCCACGGCCAUAGAGGACAAGCUCCAAGAUAAGGUGCCUGAGACCAUUGAGACUCUAAUGAAGGCUGACAUCAAGAUCUGGAUCCUGACUGGUGACAAACAGGAAACAGCCAUAAAUAUUGGACAUUCCUGCAAACUACUGACCAAGAACAUGGGCAUGCUUGUGAUCAAUGAAGACACUCUUGAUGGAACAAGGGAAACCCUCAGCCACCACUGUGGAAUGCUGGGAGAUGCCCUCUACAAGGAAAACGACUUUGCUCUCAUUAUUGAUGGAAAGACUCUGAAAUACGCCCUUACGUUUGGAGUCCGCCAGUACUUCCUGGACCUCGCCUUGUCCUGUAAAGCUGUCAUAUGCUGCAGAGUAUCUCCUCUUCAGAAGUCAGAGGUGGUUGAGAUGGUGAAGAAGCAGGUGAAGGUGAUCACGCUGGCCAUCGGUGACGGUGCUAAUGACGUCGGAAUGAUCCAAACAGCUCAUGUCGGUGUGGGAAUCUCAGGCAACGAGGGUCUGCAGGCAGCAAACUCCUCUGACUACUCUAUUGCCCAGUUCAAAUACCUAAAGAAUCUGCUGCUCGUCCAUGGAGCCUGGAAUUACAACCGUGUAGCCAAGUGUAUCCUCUACUGCUUCUACAAGAAUAUUGUUCUCUACAUCAUCGAGAUCUGGUUUGCAUUCGUCAAUGGCUUCUCUGGUCAAAUUCUGUUUGAACGCUGGUGCAUUGGCUUGUACAAUGUGAUCUUCACUGCUUUGCCUCCGCUCACUCUGGGAAUCUUUGAGCGCUCCUGCAGGAAAGAAAAUAUGCUGAAGUAUCCUGAACUCUACAAAACCUCCCAGAAUGCAAUGGGUUUUAAUACCAAGGUCUUCUGGGCCCAUUGUCUGAACGGCCUCUUCCACUCCGUCAUCCUCUUCUGGUUCCCCCUUAAAGCUUUCCAGCAUGAUACAGUUUUUGGCAAUGGAAGAACUCCAGACUAUCUCCUCUUAGGCAACAUGGUUUACACAUUUGUGGUCAUCACAGUUUGCCUUAAAGCCGGCCUUGAAACUUCAUCCUGGACCAUGUUCAGUCACAUCGCCAUCUGGGGAAGCAUCGGCCUGUGGGUGGUGUUUUUCAUUAUCUAUUCCUCCUUGUGGCCCCUCAUCCCUCUGGCACCCGACAUGUCAGGCGAGGCGGCCAUGAUGUUCCGUUCGGGGGUCUUCUGGAUGGGCCUGUUCUUCAUCCCAGUCACCUCGCUGGUCUUUGACGUGGCCUACAAAGUCGUGAAGAAGGCGUGUUUCAAGACGCUGGUGGACGAGGUGCAGGAGCUCGAGGCUUUAUCUAAAGACCCUGGAGCAGUGGUGCACGGAAAGAGUUUGACGGAGAGGGCACAGCUCCUGAAGAACGUCUUCAAGAAGAGCACAGUCAGUCUGUACCGGUCUGACUCCAUGCAGCAGAACCUGCUCCAUGGCUACGCCUUCUCUCAAGAUGAGAACGGAGUGGUGUCUCAGUCUGAGGUCAUCAGAGCGUACGACACCACCAAACAGAGGACCAACGAGUGGUGAGCCGCCGGCCUUCUUGCUCUCGGCCGGCCAGUUCGGAGCCACAGCAGCCGUUUCCGAUGGCGAUAUUUGAAGCUGAACGGGGAGGAAGCGAUGGUGCGAGCCUCCAGCACUGAGGGGGGCUUUUUUAUUUUUAGACAUGAAAUGGACAGAAGAGAGUGACAUUAUGUAGUCUUUGGAAAAAGGGAAAAAAAAAACAAAAAAAAAAAACAAGGAACAAAACGAAAACGUGUUCACUAUCAGCUGUAGUUGUGUGUCCAGCAGACAUGAUGAGCACUGUGCUUUCUUAGCAGCCUGUGGUCUGAAGUUCUUCACUGUUCUUGCUCAGUUUGUCGGAGUGAACGUCUCCUUUCUAUUGAUUUAAGGAAUGACAGCUUUCAGCACUGAGCCAAAAAGCCUAAAAUCUUGAUAUUAAAUUAAAAUCAAACUCCUAAACACUGUUAUAAAAAGUUGAAACACUGGACAAUGAAUAUGUUAUGAGGAUUUAAACUUGUGAAAGAUUGCCAAAGAGCAGUCGUGUAUACAAUCGUCCAAGUACUAGUGAUUCGGAACACUUUAAACCAAAUGUAAUGAAACUCCUGUGUGUAUUCCAGCACUGAACAGACCACUUCAGAGCAGAUGUUUGUAAAUUUGAAUUUUCUUUUUGCACUUAAGGAAGCAUCUAUUGUGUAAAGCCUUACAUUUGCUCAUGCCUUCGUCCUUCUUCGUUUUCUUUUCAAGUACAUUUGUUUUUAGUUUUAUUUUUUAAAGUAUGUAGAUAUUGUGCCUGUUUUUUUUUUUGUUUUCGUUUUCACAGUUUCAUUUCAUUUUUUAAGAUGUUGCCUCAUGCAACCCACAGUAGUCCCGUUUCCACCGUUUUAACAGCAGAAGUAUUGCUCUCGACUUAUAAUUGCAUUCCACACAUCACUCCUGUUUCAACAAUCACAACGGUGCCUAAGUGAAACUUUUCCCUCUUAGAAGAAAAAGACAGCCAAGAGUAGUUUAGCCAGCUAGCUUAGACCAGUGCUCCACACACACUCCUGCUGAGGACAAAAUCACUGUCUCCCCACCACAGUAUUGCACUCAUACGAUGUGAAAGCUACAGAUGUUGAAACUUGUUCCUGCAGAGGUGAACAGGAGGCUCUCUGACGGUCUUGUUGAAGCUUACGGUGGUGGUCGUGUUUCCCUUAAAAUGGAGAUUUUAUCCUUCUAACAUAAGUGCCAUUAGCUUAAGGGAGAGAGAAAAUAUUAGCCAGGAAACUCCACGACAGUAUCAAAACUGUAUCAAAACUACUUUGUCUCUAUAGUUAUUUUGUGGAUUUGUAUUUUUAUAUUGGAGAUGUAUGAAUUUUGCAUUGACUGGCUUUGUAAUGAAUCGUCUGUAACUUUUCGUUUUUUCUUCCUCUGAUAAACUGGCAGGAUAGAAUAGAUCUAAUGAGGAAAUGGAGCUUUCUUAAAUGUCUUGUUAUUAUUAAUAUUAAUAUUGUUACAGCUUGAUUUAUUUAUAAUUGACUACUUAAUGUCCGUGUGAUUGCUUUCUUCUCCCUAUGGGAGAUCAGAUUUCUGAUGGUGCGAGUGUGUGUGUGUGUCGGUUUAUUGCCUGCAUGUGCAUGUGCUGUAUGUGUACGAGUGUGUGUGGGCGUGAGUGUGUGUGGGCGUGAGUGUGUGUGUGUGUCUCCUCUACUGUGGAUUAAUUCUAUGUAUGCAUUGCAUGUCUGUGUCCUCUAUGCGAGACUGGGAGUUUGUGGCGCCUCGGUCCGCCUGGUGUGUUUCCUUUAUCGUGUGGGCGUGUAUGGGGGUGUGUGUGUGUGUGUGUGUGAGUGUGUGUGUGUAGUGAAGCUUGCUCCAGUUGUCCGUCUGCACGACUCCAGGUAUAGCUAUGGUGUACUACUGUGUGCCGAUGCAUGGCCCGUAUGGGAAAGUGAGACUGUCAGUGUGCUGUAUGACUGUGUGCGUUUACGGUCAAACUCUCGGCCUCGACUUGUGGGAGUUUCUGACGCUCGGCUCGCUUCGACAGGAGAUGUUGCACAAUGCACUCAAUGUACCUUUCCAGUUGUGGAUAUCUGGUAUUAUCUGGUUUCGGUAUAUGAUUUUCUCUCGAGUGUACAUGUUUGUAACUUGUUUUCUUCAUGCAGUGUACCUCUGCUUUACAGGAAAGCUCUUUUGUGUUUUGGGUUUAUGAUUACUUUUUCUCUGCUGGUCUUUUAGCGUGAAAACUUAAUUGGUCGUCAUCUUGUCCAAAAUUUUUCCAACCAGCUGAAUGUGGAUGUCGUCGUUGUGGAAGGCUUGGACUGUUGCUUUCUUUUUCCAGAAAACAUAAAACACACGUUGUUGUCUGUGAAGGUCGUGGGCUGCAUGAAUGGAAAACACAAACUGUUCUCUGAAGUGUUAACUGUACUACUUUGAUUCUCCCUCAAGUGUUGAUCACUUUACAAAAGAGGAAAAAAAUGCACCUUUAACUUUUCUUUUCAAUAUUUGUUUCUUUUCUGUCAUUCUGUUCAAUGAUUGUUCUGCAUGUUGGGACUGCAAACUUAUAAGUGUUGUCUUUUACUGCCAUGAAGGACUACUGAAAUAAACUUUACAAACAUGGAGGAACAAUGUGAA